AUGUUGUCCAGAAGGGCAGAGGAGGAAGACGAUGAAGGGGCAUCAUCCAACCAGAAGUGGGUCCUGGCUCCCAAAUCCCAAGACACCGACGUGACUCUCAUCCUCAACAAGCUGCUGAGAGAAUACGACAAAAAGCUGAGGCCAGACAUUGGGGUGAAACCGACCAUAAUCGAUGUUGACAUCUAUGUUAACAGCAUUGGUCCUGUGUCAUCAAUAAACAUGGAAUACCAAAUUGAUAUAUUUUUUGCCCAGACCUGGACGGACAGUCGCCUCCGGUUCAACAGCACAAUGAAGAUCCUGACGCUGAACAGCAACAUGGUGGGGCUCAUCUGGAUCCCCGACACCAUCUUCCGCAACUCCAAGACGGCCGAGGCGCACUGGAUCACCACGCCCAACCAGCUGCUGCGCAUCUGGAACGACGGCAAGAUCCUCUACACGCUCAGGCUCACCAUCAAUGCCGAGUGCCAGCUGCAGCUGCACCACUUCCCCAUGGACGAGCACUCCUGCCCGCUGAUCUUCUCCAGCUAUGGCUACCCCAAGGAGGAGAUGAUUUACAGAUGGAGGAAAAACUCAGUGGAGACGGCCAAUCAGAAGUCCUGGCGGCUUUAUCAGUUUGACUUUAUGGGCCUCAGAAACACCACCGAGAUCGUGACGACGUCUGCAGGUGACUACGUCGUCAUGACCAUCUACUUUGAACUGAGCAGAAGGAUGGGGUACUUCACCAUCCAGACGUACAUCCCCUGCAUCCUGACUGUGGUUUUAUCCUGGGUGUCAUUCUGGAUCAAGAAAGACGCGACACCAGCAAGAACAGCAUUAGGCAUCACCACAGUGCUGACCAUGACCACGCUCAGCACCAUAGCCAGGAACUCCUUGCCCCGCGUGUCCUACGUGACCGCCAUGGACCUCUUCGUGACCGUGUGCUUCCUGUUUGUCUUCGCGGCUCUGAUGGAGUACGCCACCCUCAACUACUACUCGAGUUGUAGAAAACCACCCACCACUAAGAAGAAAACAUCGUUACUGCAUCCAGACUCCUCGAGGUGGAUUCACGAGCGAAUAACCCUGCAGGCCCCCUCUAACUACUCCCUCCUCGACAUGCGGCCUCCGCCCCCCACGAUGAUCACCUUCAACAACUCCUUGUACUGGCACGAGUUCGAAGACACCUGUGUCUACGAGUGUCUCGACGGCAAGGACUGCCAGAGCUUCUUCUGCUGCUACGAAGAGUGCAGGUCCGGGUCCUGGAGGAGAGGGCGCAUCCACAUAGACGUCUCGGAGCUGGACUCGUACUCCCGGGUCCUCUUUCCCACGUCCUUCCUGCUCUUCAACCUGGUCUACUGGGUCGGGUACCUGUAUCUCUGAGCGCCGCCCGCGGCGAUGAGGGACGCGUGCUCGGUCCCCCCUUCACCUGUCCCCUCCCCAGACCCGUAGUGACCCGUCGGAGCAGGGAGGGCGCUGCUCAGCGUCUCUGAACUUGCGCAGCACCCCUGAGCAGCGUGGAGAGUGCGGCGAAUGUUCUACCGCGUGUCCCACCCCCACGUGCGCGCACACCCACAGCUAAGUGAGUUUCAAAGCGACAUCCCUGCGAAUCCCUUCCUGAACCUGUAGCUUGGCGAAGGUCAC